AUGACGCGUGGCAACCAGCGUGAAUUGGCGCGUGCGAAGAACCAGAAGAAGAAUGGUGACAAACCAAAGUCGCGGGAAGACGGAUUGUCUCACGAACAACGCAAGCAACGUGAUGCAGAUAUAAUGCGACAAAAGCAACAAAAAAAAGAAGGCCCGGAAGCCGGUGCUCAGGCGGUCAAAAGUUAAUGAUCGCCCUGUUGCCGGAUGCUAAAGUAGAAAUCGAAGCCAAUGCGCAGCACACCUACCGUAUAUACCGCACUCUCGCAGCGAUGUUCAGACCACAGUUAUCCUGCCGUUUCCCCACGCCACCGUCAUGACCCAAUACUGUCUUCGCGAUCACAAUCCUCUCGGGUGGCGCGUCACAUUGUUUCCCUUGCUUUGGCAUAACGCUUGAGUAAGGGGCCCUUGAAAAGAUAAUGAAGCCAUAUGGCCACUUUCGGACACAUGAGCAAUAUUGCAGCAGUUGAACAUUUUGUUAAAGAUCGAAUGCCACACGGCUGCUCCUUGGACAACUCCACCUGACUCUUCCCAAUCGGGCUUAGUAACACAAGCUAUCGGUUCGGUUGCAGGACUACAAGAUUUAUCUCUACCGCGGUCCCAAGAGACGCCAGAGAACCACAACGAGUACGGGAUGCGUUUGGUGCGUUGCACAGUCAGCACAUUAAUGUGAAACAACAAACCGCAGCCACGGGAAACGGAAACACGUUAUUUUAGAGGAUAAGUUCAAUUUUAACUAUUAUUAUUAUUAACGAUGCUUUAUUUCUGUGUACUGCUUUUUAUAACUAAUUUUUGAAUGUGUUCCGGAAAAACGACACAACCUUACGAGGCGGUAAGAGUUGCAUCAACAGCAAGCAGCAGAACCAUUAUUGCAAAGAAGAUUGCCUUUUUGUCCAUAUAACAGCAGUAAUUGUGUGUAGGAAAAGCGUCCGCCACUCUUAUCGAUGAUGUACGCGAGAAGCGUGAGAAAAAGGGACAUAAUUUCAGAGAAUACAACGCAGUUCAACGAUGUAA